UUGUGUGUUUGACUCCGUUUGACUCCGAUUUCCCGGAGUCGAAGUUGAAGUAGUCGGAUUCGGGUCGGGUAGUCAUCUGACAUUCCGAUAACUAAGCGAUAAUUCCGGGCUUUCACAAGUAGACAAACGCGAGCAACGUGCGCUUACCCCUUCAACACAAUGAUUAACACGGGGAAACUCGCCGGUCGGACUCUGUUCAUUACUGGGGCCACUCGCGGAAUCGGGAAAGAGAUAGCGCUGAAAGCAGCAAAAGAUGGAGCGAACGUUGUCAUUGCAGCAAAGACCGCCGAACCACACCCAAAGCUUCCAGGAACAAUCUACACUGCUGCACAGGAAGUUGAAGCUGCGGGAGGAAAAUGCUUGGCCUGUAUCGUGGACGUUCGCAACGAAGAGCAAGUGAAGAAAGCCGUAGGUGAUGCCGUCUCGAAGUUUGGAGGCAUUGAUGUCCUGGUGAACAACGCCAGUGCCAUCAGCCUUACCGGAAUUCUGGAUACAGAGAUGAAACGCUACGACUUGAUGCACAGCGUCAAUGUCCGCGGCACCUUCCUCACAUCCAAGUACUGCAUCCCUCACCUGAAGAAGUCGAGCAAUCCCCAUAUCCUAAUGCUCAGUCCCCCACUCCUCAUGAAGCCCAUGUGGUUCCAAAACCACCUCGCCUACACCAUGUCCAAGUAUGGCAUGUCCAUGUGCGUCCUCGGCCUGGCAGAGGAACUGAGAUCGGACGGGAUUGCCGUCAAUGCUCUCUGGCCAAAGACAGCCAUCCACACUGCAGCUAUUGAAAUGUUGAUGGGAGAGGAGGGUGCCGUGUCGAGCCGCAAGCCCUCCAUCCUUGCGGAUGCUGCGUAUGCCAUAUUCAGCAAGCCCAGCGGCUCCUUCACGGGAAACUUCCUCAUCGAUGAGAAGUUUCUGCAGCAAGAGGGUGUCACAGAUUUUGAGCAGUACGCCUGUGUGCCAGGUUCCAAACUGAAGCCAGACUUCUUUAUCCCCGACGAAUGCCUGAGAGAGUUUGACGAGGGAAGCGGGAUUGCCGCGCCUAUGGCAGGAGCCUCUGCACUGGACGGCAUUAUAACAAAGAUCGGGUCAAAGCUCAAUGAAGAGCUGGUCAGCAAGACACAGGGAUUGUUCCACUUCCAGGUUAAAGGAGGAGAAGACUUCUUCGUGGACAUGAAGAACGGAGCCGGCAGCGUGGGCAAGGGACCCCCGUCGCAGCCCGCGGACGUCACCUUCAGCAUGGACGGGGAAAGCCUCGUCAAGAUGUUCACGGGAGGCCUGAAACCUACGGCUGCCUUCAUGAGUGGGAAGAUGAAGAUACAAGGAGAUAUGGGCAAGGCUAUGAAGUUGGAGAAACUGAUGGCUCAACUUCGUUCCAAGCUAUAACUUCCCCCUCCAUUUAGAGACAUCAAGUGGAACAGUGUGGCAUUCCAAGCACUGCCCAAGCUUACAAGCCCAACGUACUGUGCGGUUGUAUGCAGAACAGUUACGAAAAAAAAUGCGGUGUGGGUGUACGGGUGGUAACGACUUCGGAGCUGACCCUCUCAACCGUUCGGCUCGAGGACACUUGUCACGUGUAAGGGGUGUGGUGACUGUAUGCUCAGGUGGUGAAUUUUGGUAAAUAGUUUUUGGAACAACUUAAUGUUAUGCAAGUUACGUAUUAAGUUUCCAAAAAAACCUCAAAGUACUUUUGAUCCCUUACCCUUAUUUUUUACCCGAUAAAUGAUAGUUAUGAUGGUGAAGAGUUGGGUGGAGAUUGAUUAAUUUAAAUAUUUUAAACGUGCGUUGAGUUUGAUGUCACGGCGUGUCUAUAAUUAUCGCAGGCUUUCUCUGAGGAAAUCUUCGCAUGUGGGACAUUCAAUCUCAUGUAUCACAUUUGAUUUUGCACACAUGCAAAAAAAAAAACAAA